UCAAUUGUUUUCAUAAUUCAAAGUAUUAUCAUAUUUUGGUCAUUGGAAAUUAGUAGAAAUGGCAAUGAGACCUCGCGGUAGAACUGGGAACCAACCAUUUCGACAACCCUUUCGUCAAACUUACGACACUAUCAGGCCUAGAUCAGAAUGGAAAUUUGAGAAUGAUGCUACUUUUCUUCUUGUUCAUCUUCCUGGUUUUGUGAGGGAGCAAAUAAGAGUGAUGCUCACAUACAUUGACGAUGCAUCACUUGGUAUAAAAAUUCAAGGGCAACGUCCACUUCCAAAUGGAAGAUGGAGCAAAUUCGCAGAAGUUUUCAGAAUUCCUGAAACCUGUGACGCCAGUAAAAUCAACAGCCAGUUCGAGCGUGGAGUUCUCACUGUUGUUAUGCCUAAAUUAAUCGCCCCAAAACCGAGUGAUCAACAAAUCGCAGAGCCAAAAACAACCCAAGAAAGAACAAGUCCUAGCCCUCAAAAGUCUACUUCGGAAAGAACUCCAAGCCCGAAAACAACCGAAGAGAGAACUCCAAGCCCGAAAACAACCAAAGAGAGAACUCCAAGCCCGACAACAACCGAAGAGAGAACUCCCACUCCCAGCCCUCAAACGUCUUCUCCUGAGAGUAGUUCUGGAAGUGAUCAAAGUCCGCAGCGACAGAGUCCUCAGAGAGGUGACAAAAAAUUAGCUGAAACCGCAACCACUCAGAAACCAACAAGUGAUCAAAAAACUCAUGAGGGUGAAGAUAAAAGUACUUCUCCAGGAGCUGCUGUUAAGGAAAAACGUGGAGAAGAGGAACCAUUAGUUGAAGAAAAGUCUCAAAAGGGAGGUGAUAAAAGCAUUUCUUCAAAAGGUGCUGCAUUGGUUGAUGACAAGAAGGAAAAGAAGGGAGCUGAUGAUCAAACAGAAAAGUCGACGCCGGAGAAAAAUAAUGUUGAUGAGAUUAAGGGUGUGGUGCAAGGAAAAGAAUCGGCUGCAGUGUCUGAACAGAAAAAGAAAGGUCAAGAUGACGAUGAUGAUAAGAAAAGUGGAAAGAAAGGUGAGAAUGGAAUUGAGGAGAUGAAUAAACGUGAAGAAGAGGUGAAGAGUGGUAAAGGAGGAGUUAGGGAAAUUGAAGAGAGGAGAUUGCUGGUGAAUAUGGGAACUGCAGUGCUGGUGCUUAUGGGAGUUGGGGCUCUAAUUUCCUACAAGAUUGCUUCAUAUGGAAAACCAUGAAAAUUAAUUUCUU